ACUUAUUAUUUAACACCAUUACAUACUUCAUUUAGAGACUAUGCCAUGAUAUAAUAUUAUUUGUUCCUAUAGUGGGAGGAAGGGGUUAAUAAGGCAGGCGCAGGUGUUUAGCUCCCCCUAAAGGGAGCCCCAGGUAGUGCAGCCUUAGCACGCUGUACUGAGAGGCAGGCAAAGCACAGGCAGUAGUGUGAGGCUGGAAGCCAGCAGAGGAGGAGGUAGUCGGGUUUGGGCUGCGGGAUACCCUAAAACAGGGGACCAGGGAUCCCCUACAGGCAACGGGACACCCUCAAUCUGUUCUCUGGGACACAGCAGUGGAAGAUCUAAACAACCACCCAACUCUACCCCAGGAUUUGCAAGCUGCAGGACAGACACUCUCCAUCCAAGACCUGCACCCCCCCUCCCCCCAAAAGGCUGUCCUGGCGACCAAGAGCGCAGAGUGGCGACUAAUGUGACAGCAGGACAGGCAAAGGGUGACAGCUGCAGAUUAAGCAGAGAUUGUAUAAGGAGGGUGACACUGACACACAGCGAGGUCCCCAGGAUGUGACAUGAACCACUAAAACUCUGGGAUCUGACCAGCACUCAAGUCCACCUACAGCCUGAGCCCAGAAGGUGAGUGCCAGGUACCUUGUGUGAGCUGCUUUCACUGCUGUUACAUUGUAUCUACUCAUACCUACCUAGCAUUUGGUACAGUGCUACAUUGUAAUCCCCCUUGCAUGCACUUUUUGUACUUUCCAAUGAUUGGGUGUAAUAAAGGAUUGAUACAUACAAUGCAUAGGGUAAUGUCCCGUCUAUAAAAUCACAAAUCAACUGAUGCUGAUUCAGCUAUAGGAAAAAAACAUUAAAGGUAGUUGCAGUUGUUCAGCAGCUUGGGUGACUACGUUUUGGCCACCCCUGAUGUGAAGAGCACUGUGUGCAGUAACGGUACAGACUUUGCAUCCCUCGCCCACGAAGCUUGCACUUUAUUUAGUUCAUGGCACGGAUACCGUAUUGUGAUUUAUGAUUUGUUAUUGUGGAGUGUGUGUGUUUAGUUUUUUUUCUCUGACACUGUAUGGUUUAAAGAGAGUCCCUCUCUGCACAUCACUUCCCCAGUCUUGCUGUCCCUAAGCUAUUCAGUAAUGUCACCACAGACUCCAGGGACAGCAGAUGACAGCUUGCAAGGGACUUUCUGCUUAACUUCUGCUUAAGUCAUUUAUGUGUUUUUCUCGAAUUUUGGUUUUCAAUCGAAUGGUUUUUUUUCUCGAGUAUAUUCAUGUAAUAAAUUUAGUAACACGAUCUAAAAAUAAUAACAACAACAAAAAAAAAGCAUAUGCAUAUGCUUGUUUAUAAAUCUAUACACAUACAUUCACACACACACACACACACAUAUUGUGCAAUAAAAAUGUUGGGAAGGAAGCGUUUUUGCCACAAUGUGACCGCAAAAUAAACUAUUACGAAAUCAACCUGAAAUGAUUUUGCAAAAAAAAAAAAGAUUAUUAUUAUUACAAAAAAAAUCCCAUCUGUGGGGUGAAUCAGCAGACCCCAAAAUAGCAAUUAGAAUUCCUUCAGAGAAAGAGAGCUCUGACUCAUGUACUUACUUGCAUGGUUUUAAUUUGACAAAUUAGAUGACAGAUAAAAAAUAUAUUAAAUAAAUCACAUAUCGCAGGGCGAUGGGUGACACUUUCCUGCAGAGCUUGCACUCUAAAUGUACGCUUAUUUCCGUUCUGUGCAUGUUAUCACUGACAAGAUCUGUGUUAGACUGAAAAUUCUCCCGUCUCCUUUCUUUCUACACAAUCAGCUUUGUCCUCUUGGUAACAAUACACCAUGUAAUCUGCUUAGAGUUGCCUGUGUAUUGUUUGCAGACUUUGUGUGUUACCAGGCCUGACACUGGCAUUAGGAGUGGCAAAGACACCUGCCUAUUCACAGGGUGGCAGAAGGGGUAAAAUCCAUCCUAUCCAUUUUACAAGGGAUUAUCUAACCUAUGAGGGGUUUCUGUGGCACUGACCACUAAGGGUUUGUCCAGAUGACAUAAGAUUGGGUAUCAACCUGCAACAGACCUUGAUACAGAGGUGUUUAACUGGGGGUAACAUAUGCUUUUAGUCUGGAACCCAGAACUACAAGAGUUAUAGUCUACCAACAGCUGGUAAUGGGGGCAAAUAUGAUACCCUAACCAUUAAAUUUGCAUGUCUUCCAUUUUUACCAUCAUAUAUAAUCUUCCUCACCUGACAGAGUGCACCGUUAAUAUGCAUCAUUUAAUUAAUCUUAUACUUUAUUAUCAAUUGAGACAUAUCACGUUUUCCGAUAUUCAAAUGCUUUCUUUUUGAUAGAGAAAAAAGUUGUCUUAAAAUUGCAUAUGUCUUGAAUUCCGAAUACAACCAACGUGAUGGCAAUUAAUCUUUAUUUUGCUUGUAAAUAUUAUGUAAAAGAUCUUGCAUAGAAUAGAUCUUGAAAUAUUUUAAGCUUUGAUAUCAGGGGUGUUGGGAUACAGGAUGGUGCCUUGGUAUGAUUUAAUUGCCGAGCCCUGCCUUAGUACAUGGCGAUUAUUAUGUAACCUUGGCAGCCUCGACAUUUCAGAAUUAUAUUUUCCAAAGAUUAUGUAUAUACUGUAAACCAUCCUAUUGAAUGAUCAGACAGCUGUAACACUGACUGUGCAUCAUUAUCAAUGUGAUUUAAAAACCAUCUGAAGUGUUAAGGGCACCCACCACUUACCUAGGGUAUGGUAAGUGUCUGUAAUGACAAUGAACAGAAUUCUUUAUCAGUUGCAUCAUUCAGCCACAGGGAGCUGGUGGGCUAUUACGCCACUGGGGAACUUGGGAUGCUUUUGGGGUCAACAAUGUGAUGAAGGGGGCAGUCCUGCUACACAUGUACUAUUGCGUUACUUAAGAAAGUGGCAAUAUAAGGUUUACCGCAGUAGAGAAUUAUUCAGUUUUUACUAUACAGAGGUUGUCACUUAAUGUGAAACUGUAUUUAUUUUACGAGUGAUUAGGUAGAGGCAGUUAACAAACACAGUGUUUUUGUGUAAUUGUGUGGUGUAUGGGCAGUCUAUCUCGCAAGGAAAGUGCAAUAUUUAUUUAGAGGAAGUAAUAGCUAAUUCCCAAAUAUAAAAACAGUCAAGCUCUAGCUUAACAUCCAGUUCUAGCAGACAUGUCUACCAUAUGUUGAUCUGUCAGUGUAAAGGUCAGAGUUUAAAGGGGCCAGAUGACUAUUUGAAUGUAUUACACCAUGGGGUGCGUAGGGUAGUGAAGAAUUUUAAUCACUUGACAUUGAGUGGCGUCAAAUCAACAACCAAAUUGAAAAAAAUUAAAGCAAAAACAGCCUUGAAAAGAAUCGCCGGCUCAGGAUUGUUUUGCCCUGGCUGGGUUUUGCCAGCCGAAAUGAAAAAGUCUGAUUAUCAAUGCAUCCAGCAUGUCACUGAGUAGCGAAUAAAGUCCUGGGUUUCUGUGCUGAAUCUUCUGUAGAAUGUUCCGACAUCUUUUUUUUCAUAUAUGUAUUGCAGAGUAAAAAGGCUUUGUAUAAAAUAAUAAUUUGCCCACCCAAGGUUAAAAGCAAAAAUCUACACUUGUGCAGUGGUGUUGCGUGACUUCGGGCAAUGCGUUAUUGUUUAAUACGUUUAUUACAAAAGCCGUAGUUGGGGUGGGUAUGUGUACAAGGUUUACAAAAUAGAUCAUGAUCCACUGUGACUUCUCUAAUUCCUAUGAGGUAAUAGCAAGAUCAGACAAGCAGUACAACAUUGCGUAAUUAAAGUGACCAGUCCUGCAUACACAAUUUCUUACUCCACUGGCACUUGAGCAGUUAAUAAAUCUACUUUGAAUUGUGUGCUUUUCAACGAAUCCCUUGAUUGUAAAUAUUGCAUUGCGUUGAGAUGCAAAAACCACAACAAAGAUCCUUCUCACGUAUGGGUUAAAGGUGGUUUGCUGUAAGAAGGGUCUGAAUCACACGGUUUCAUUGAAAGGGAUCUGUUCCCUCUUAUCGGGCAGAAGCAUCAAUCGCAGGAAGUCGAUUUUCUCACCCUUGCUGGCAAGGAAGGGGUUAAGAAGCCUUUACAGAUGUGGCAAUGUGUCAGUCAGCAAGUAGUGUAAACAGAGAUAAAGGGUCUGCCCUUGAUAAACAGAGCAGUAAGGGGAGAAAUGCAUUCAGUCAUGUAACUUCUCCUAACACACACAAACACUGCUCCAUGUAAGUCAUCAGCCAGCUGUAUCAAGGCUGCCCCAUCCUCUCCAAGUGCACUUUAUCUGACUAUCAGACACCAAUCACUUGCAUUAUCAAGACUGCCACACAUGUGUGUGCUCUAACUGUUAUGUGAGACCGCUCUGAUGGCUUGAUACAAACGGUUUGUGAUACAGAUUACAGAUUAGAUUUCUGCAUGAAUCAUAUCACCACGCAUACACAUUAUGAUUUGACACCCCCUGGGGUAAAGCCAUGUGUAGAUCUGCCUCACCUGAUAGACUGGAGUCAAUAUGCAUUCAUUAAAUGGCCCUUCAAAAAAAAGAAAAAGCAGCCAAGAAUUAUUGGAAAAGUAUCAAAAACAUAGGAGGCAUAGUGGAGAAUAUUAACAAUUCAGUUAUUUGGGCCUGCAAUUUGCAGUUCCCUCUUUACUUCAGUAACAUUUAAUAGCAGUAGUUCCUGGUUAAAAACGCCUGAUCUCUUCCAUGUUCUCUUGCCAAAUAGACCAUUGGAUCUAGAGCAAUCCUGAUAUCAGUCCUAAAGAACCAUCAUUGAAUUUAACUGGGUUCCAGUGGGGAUAUUGAUACAGCGUUGAAUGUGGACGGUUCUUGUCGAAUGGUUCAAAAAGCAAAGAUGUAGAUUCAAUAUGAUAUAAUUCACAAUAGGCCCAGAUCCACAUGGAUUCUCAAGACACCCUGAAUUAUUUCUCCACUGUCCAGUUUUCUCUAGGAUCCUGAAGUAAAUGGGGAAAAAAACAACUGAAUCCUAAAAAGUCCAUGUACCAGAAUCAUGUGUGCUUGCACAGUCCUGUUCUAGGAUGUGAUUUUGAACACAUUCUAAGACAGGGCUGUCCAACCUGCGCCCCCCCCCCCCAGAUGUUGCCGAACUACAACUCCCAUGAUUCUUUCAAUGAAACAUAAAGCCAGGGAAUCAUGGGAGUUGUAGUUCAGCAACAUCUGGGGGGCCGCAGGUUGGACAGCCCUGUUCUAAGAUAAGAUCCUAUUUUUGCAGUGUUUUGAUUAUGAGCUCUGUAAUGAUUGGCCUGUCAGUAAUGGUGGGCGCACGCUGGGAUGACACACGUGCCCAGCAUCUAAGAUUCCCUCCUGACAAUAUUUAUAGGUCUUACAUGUCCCAUAUGAACAGACAAAAUAGCAAGGGAAACCCUGCAGAACUUUCAAAAAUAUGUACCGUUUUGUGUCUGUAUCCUCUGAUACAGCCUCUGUUUAUCUUGAGUCCAUACAGUGCUCAGAUAAAGGAUAUACUAGAAUGUGAAGCUAUCCAGUGAAGGACUUUAAGAAUGUGUUGGAUAGACAUAAGACUAUCUUAGAUAUAAGAGACUAAUGAAAGUAUUUUUGAAAAUUGGGCAGACUAGAUGGGCCAAAUAGUUCUUAUCUGCCGUCACAUUCUAUGUUUCUGGGUCUUAUCAGUUAUUAAGCCAAGUGUUUUAGUUGCCAAACUGGGUGGCUAAAAUGUGGUGCAACUUGGCCUCAAACUACUAAACAGAAGAGCCCACCCAUCACAACCCCUCAAACGUGUUGGUGAGUUGCACAAGAAACCUGCUAAGUUCUGAUGUUUAAAUGGGGACUCAUGUAAUUACUGUAUGUAAUUAGCUGCUACUUUAUGCUGGAUUUAGGUGAAUUCUGCAGGUUUCUGUAAGCUUAGCAAUGAACUCAGCAGGACACAGGUUAUUGAACGACCCAUAUGUGUUUAACUGCAGAGUUCACAAAAGCUAUGUCCUGACUCUAGUUAAAAAAGAACAUUCAUCAGCCACUUAUCAAUGUUGGAGUGAAGGCAUGGCCUACUGGGCAGACUCUCUCGAUCCAAAAAGCCGCUUGUUCACUAAAUCUAGCUCAAGUCCUGAAAAUCAAGCACAAUUGCAGUAUGUCUGGCAUCUGCUUGGGGCAUGCAUACUUAGUUUGCUCACUAAUCGAUGAGCAGUUGUCACCAUCCCCCACAUAUGUCCAUAUUGAUUUCAAUGGGGGACUCAGCUGAAGAGUCCAGUCACACACCAAAUAUACCAACACUCAAGCUCACAGCGAGUUGUGUCUAGGUCACAUUACUCUGGAGAGCUAUCAUUACAAUCUGCACUGUAUCGGCAAGGACUGUCCUUGACUUAACCCAAGAAUUUCCGAGUGAUGAGUCCUGGCCUUUUCACCUAAAAAAUAAAUAAAAUAUAUAUAUAUAUAUAUAUAUAUAUAUAUAUAUAUAUAUAAUUUCUUGAUUUGUUUCUCAGGGUAAACUGGAAGAACCCUAAGUGAACCACAGACUUGUUUGUCAAAAUCCUGUUCUUGAGAAUCACAGGCACCUGGUAUUCAAGAUUAUAUUUCUCUAAAUGCCCAAAAUGCUAAUUGAGAACUGCUAAAUUUUCUACAUUAGGGUCCUUUAGUUUGACACCCCUGCCACAGAGAUAAAGUGACAUCAAACAUGCAUAUAUAAUUGAGCGAUAUGAUAAAAAAUGAUUUAAAAUUCUAGUAAUCUGCUAUCAAUAUUGACACAUUAUAUGUAAAAACAUAUCAUAAUUUUCUGCUUUCAAAGAUUUGUUGUUCCCCCGUUCACCCGCCAGUGUACAUUGGCUACAUAGAGCAUGGCUAGAUAUCAGCUUACGGGCAGGGCUCUCUCUACCUCUUGUAUUUGUCUGUGUAUAUUGUACGUUUCUCCACUAAUUGUACAGCGCUGCGGAAUCGGUUGGCGCUUUAGAAAUAGCAGUAAUAAAUAAAAAUAGAGCAUCCGUGAAGAAUCUUCUAAUUCUUCAUUUAAGUUGUGAAUUUAUAUCACACUAUCCUAGCACUGAUUACUGUUGCAAACUCUUGCCAGGAUCCCCUCUGGAAAUCACUGCCUUUCAUGGUAAAUGGAUAUAUAAAGUUAAAUAAAUAUUAAGCCAAUAAAAAGGAUGACAUAAACUAACCUCUGAAGGUUUUUAGAAUCAGAUCACCUAGAGGACUAAAGACCGAGCGCAGAAAUCCCAGCUGCUAAAGAUAAGACAAUUGUCACAGUGACUUAGUGGCCUAGGUGAUUGCCUAGCGCACUGUUCUUAACCUUCGUGGGCAGAACUCAAAUGUGGAUUAAUACUCUAUUUUCCAUUAUAGGAAAAGGGACAUCACAUGUAUCAGGCACCUUAGAAAUGCCCACAAUAAAUAGUUUACUCUAGUGACUGUCUGAUGCUGGCAAUCUAAUAAAGGAUUUCCGCAAUGUAUCUUCGUAUAUAUUGUUCUACAAACUCUAGAAAAGGGUCAAUAAGCUAAUUUUACAAAUUAAGAAUGGGUCGUUAAGUUACAGCCAGGCAUGUAAUUUGUUUAAAAAAGGGUAAGAGCCACUGGCCUGGAUCUUAUCGAGACACGAGUAGACCAGUCUGUGCUCAGGCUUGUUUAGUUAUGAGGGUAAGUGAACACUGAAAUGUGCAGCGACUUUAAACCUUUCCAUUGCCCUUAAUGUUUACACAGUUCUCUCCCUUCGGAGGCUUUAAUAGUCGUAUCUAUUGGGACGGAUUGACGGAUUGGCAAAAUUAGGACCUGGGCCCCUUGCAGACCAAUAUAUAUGCUGGUAUACAUGAUGCUGUAAAUGGGUCUUGACUUACUAACCAUGUGCUAAAGGUUACGAGCCACCUUAAAGGGACACUAUAGUCACCAGAACAACUACAGCUUAGUGUAGUUGUUCUUGUGUGUAUAGCCAGUCCCUGCAGGCAUUUUAAUGUAAACCCUGCCUUUUCAGAGAAAAUGCAGUGCUUACAUUGCUAACUAGGGAGUGUGAUGAAGGGGUGUAGGGGUGAUGAAGGGGUGUAGGGGUGACAAAUUGUAUAGGGGAUGAUGAAAGGAUGUAGGGGGUGAUAGAUGGUGUAGGGGUGAUGAAGGGGUGUAGGGGGUGAUGAAGAGUGUAGGGGAUGAUGAAGUGGUGUAAGGGGUGGAUAGAUAAGAGCUGUGGGGAAAAAAAAGUUAAAUAAUGUGUCCCCCCUCCCUGAGCCUUACCUUUGUCCAUGGAGGCGGGAAUCCUUAUACCUGGUGGUCCGGUGGCAGAAUAAGCUUGUUUGCACCCUUGGUGUGUGCAGGCCGUCCCACCUCUUCCUCGCCAUGCAAGUGUCCCGAAGAGCUCCCUCUCUGGUCAGCCAUGGAACUGCUGAAGGUCUGCUCCUGGAGCCUCUGACGAUUUCUUUUAGCCCACGUGCUGCACUAGACAGGCACUGUGAGAGUCAGCCUGGAGGGUCUUUGAUAAGGCACCUGGGAUGUCUCUUAGUGUGCUACAAUGAUCUCAGCUGGGACCAAGGGGGUAACUUAUUUAAUAAAGGGGACCCGCAGAAGGUCAUUAGGGCCCCUCGCCGAGUGCAAGUUGGCUGAGCUCCUCAGCUGAGCCAUUAAAAUACUGCAGGCAGACGAGCCCCCAAGAGUCUUGGGCUAUCGGUUCAUGACCGAAGUGCCCGAGUGCUCAGUCCGCCCCUGCCUAUUACUUCACUAAGAGCCAGCAGUGUGCACCUUCAGAUACGUAGCUUUUCCAGAUCUCCUGUUUUUGUGCAAACAUACAGUCAUCUAGGAAAUAGUCACCCUCAAAGUGACACUGUAUUCACCAUAACUGGUUUAGCUCAUUAAUGUGGUUAUAGUGUCCAGAGUCCCCUGGCGCCGUCCUUCCAUUCAAUGUUAAACUGUUUUUAAUGUUUUAAAGCUAGACAAGAGUCCCCAGCAGCCCAUCCCUUCUAUGCUGCUUGGGCUAAUGAGGAAGCAUUUGCAUGUGCAGCAAUCGAUGGCUGUGAUUGGCUGAGAGAAUCAGCUGAAUGCAUUCAGCCUAUCACGGUGCCAUUGCAGAGUUGCAUAGAUAUAGUUUUAAGGAAGAGUGUAAUUUCGACCAUAGCCACAUCUCCAUUUGGUGGUAAAUUCAGUGUGAAAUUGCUUGAAAACGGCUUAACACUGAAAGGAGGGACAGUGCCAUGGGACUCCAGGCACCAUAAUCAAUUCAACAAAAGGAAAUGGUUAUAGUGCCUACACUGUCCCUUUAACACCAUCACAAUGUCCCAUCUCACCUCCUCCCUCUUAGAGGCCAUUUUUAAUACAAAGCAAGUAUAAUGUUGGGUAUAGCAAUUCCUUUGUUAAAUUCUCAUCUAUGUAAAUGAGCAUAGAUAGAAAUAAACAUUUCACAAUAUUUAAUUUAAUUAUCAUAUUAAUGUUUGAACGUUAAAAUCAAUGAACAUUUUGGUGAAAAAAAAAAAAAAAAACUAAAAACCUUUUCAGAAGCGGCAGGGAUGCUUGAUAAUUCUAAUUUAGAACAAUGUAGACUGUGAAGCUGGGUAAUCUGGGUUGACUUGUUUCCAGCAUGAUCGGGAAAUGAUCAAAUUUGUUGGAGAGUGUCUUCAGUUUAGAUAUUUUGACCUAUAAUGUGCAAUUCCCUCUUCAAUUAUGUAAUUUCUGGAUUACAGAAUGAAUUCCGCUCUUUCCAAAUGUUCCCGGGGUGAAAAGCCAUAAUCUAUAUAGGCAUUGUCGCUUAGGAAUCAUUUACAUUCAAAGGAAAGACAUUUGGGAGUGGGUAUACAUGCCCCCUUAUACCCUACACUAUGGAUGCAGUGGUAAAAUACUAUAUUCGAUAAAAGGAAAGACUUGUUGGGUUUUGGGGUAGAUUAUUGGUCAUCUUGUAAAGUUGAAUUAACCGGGCAUGCUUUGAAGUCACUCUAAUUUUGACCAUAUACACUCGGGGUUCUGCAUAUGCUCUGAUAAUCCAAUUUUAGGAUUAUCUCCCCUCCAAUCAACAUUAAAAAGUUUGAUAAUUUCCUGCACAUGGGGUUUUUGGCAUUCCUGUGCCAAGAUAAUCAGGAAUCAUAGACUGGCAUCUUGCCAACCUCAACCCUGUAGUGUCACACGUGGCCUUUUCACACAGGCAUUUAAUUAGUUAAUGUUAUAAUUACUGGGGGGGUUUUCACGGACACUGGGUCAUUGCUUUGGUCUAAGAUCUGUACCCUACUCAAAGCUCUAUGUCAUUCUGCGCACACACACCAAGUUCAAUUAUCAGGGUAAUUAAAACAGGAUGAGUUAAUUGGAAGUCAUUUACAUGGCAGAUGGCUUUAAUUGUUGUAUCAAACAAUUCACCUGUUUAUAUAAACAAAUGCAAGGCGUGUGUGUGACAAACGCAGUGUGACAUAUAGCAAUGCAAUCGAGAUCCAACGGCACAAUUAACGGAAACAAUAACUGAACACAAAACACACUGAGUGGCACAACAGAAAUUCAGACAAUAAACUGAAAAUUACAACAUCAGACAUACCACUAUAUAACACUAACUAAAAAUAUACAAUAUUAUCAACAAAGUAGUAAUCUAUUUAUCAGGGGCCCUGGCGUGUGCCGCUUCAUCUAUCCUUUCUAGCCUUUUCUAACUCCAUCUCAAUACUUCCUUGUUCUAGCACAACUAUUUUAACUCCUCUUUUAACUACGCUCUUAAACAUCUCCAGUCCCUGCUAGUUGUGUCUCGAUAUUUUCUCUUUGCCUGCUUAUGCUAGAGUCAGAGCCAACCUCCUUAUGCAAAAUACAGAUUAAGGAACAGCACACAAAAGAAUACCGUUUUAAAUUUCACAAGGCUACUUAAAAUCACCUAUUUUAGAUUGUGUUUUUAUCACAUUCAUUUUGCAUUAUAUAUAUAUUCACAAGGCUCUUACAACAGAUUAAUUAAAUACACUUUAGCUCAUUUAGCACUAUUUAAUUUGUCUCCCACUUUGGAAUUAGUAUAGGACAGACCUAUACUGGGGUACUGUGGCGUUCUGGUGGGCUUAACAUGAUAUGGCCAUAUGGUGAAACUGAAUCCCCAUAUUUGUUUGCUGAGAUAGGUGAUUUUAAGUAGCCCUAUAAAAUUUUAAACUGUAUUUUCGUGUGCACGCUGCUCCUUAACCUGUAUUAUAUAUAAAUGUUGGUCCCUGCUGCAGCACUAUUGCUGAGAAAUGCAUGUUCCGGCAGUGCCCCCCCAAUAUCCUUCCCCCCCCCCUCCCCCGAACCACUCUGCUAAAUGGGCCAUAGGAUUCUAAAGUGUGGGAGCAGCAUGGCGAACAUGUGAGUGGGUGCACGAACAAUCUGUUAGAAGCAAUAUAUUUAAUAACUAAAGACAGAGAGAUGGAAUGACAUGUUGGUCGCACAGAUCAGAGAGGAUGCUGGGUGAGACGCAGGCGUUAAUGAACCGUCAGGUGUAUUUACUUAUUACCUCAGUACUGAAAACAAAUGACAGGGACAAAAAAAAAAAAACCACUUUAUUGUCAUUAUACCUGCAAAACUAUACUUGCUGGCCAUCUGCCUAGCAGUAUAUAAAGGGAUGUAAUAAUUUACAGAUUGAAAAGGAAGGAGACUCUGUUGACUAUGGCCUUUCUAGUCUGGGAGUACCGGGACACGUCAGAUUUUUUAUGUUAAACACGGUCAGGCCUGAUUACUGCCAGUGUGGGAGAUAUGAGGACUAUGUCAUAUUACAUAUGAUCGAGUCCCAUUAAUGAUGUAUAUUCAUUCCUUUUAUGGCCUUUCCAUCUCCCUCUAUCUAUACUGGUAAAUUGCUUUGAGUCCCACGGGGAAGAAAAGAGAUAUUAAAAUGUCUGCUGUCAUUAAAGAAACACACACAGUGCGAUUGAUGAAAGUAUCUCAAGUCUCUGCAGUAAAGAUGUAAAGAGGUUAAUGAUGUAAAUGAGUGCUGCAGAAAUAAAAAUAAAUAGAAACUAAAUACACAUCCCAGUACGAGAGGGGUUAUUCUCAGGGCUGAAAUGGCCCAAUAUAUAUAUAGCCCGGUUCCUCAGACACACACACCAAGUCAAGUUCGGAGCUUCACACAUCUUUCAGAAGAAUAAAUCCAGAAGCAACAUCUAGGGUAACAAUAGCUAAGUGUAAACCUGAAAAUCUCUGCCCAGAGCAGAGGGAGCUGACGGAAGCUCCUUCCCAGAGCUUCAGGGCUCCAGAGGAUGUAACCGGUGCCCAGCAGGUUCUGAUAUGGUUUGACAAUUUACUCAGGUGGGAUACCAGUGCUCUCUUGGCACCAUAACCAUAACACUGUGCUGUAGUUGUUAUGGUGCCUGUAGUGUUAUUUUAACAAAUUUUUAUAGAAACAUAAUGACAAGAUUGUAAAUAAGACCAGAUUCACUCAUAAUAGUUCGCAAAACAAUGUCAAGUAUAAUGUAAGGAAUAGUGAUGCAUAAUAAUUAUAAUGUCAACAGUUUAAUUUACAUCCCAGCUGCCUUUUGUCUCAUGGUGAGGACACGUGUGUCGUGUGUAUGGGAAUGACCUGUGUUUUUACUGCAUAAUCCCUAACGAGAGGGUCCUGAGAGAAGAAGGAGAACACAUAAAAUAGAGUUAAAACAGAGAAAGAAAAUGAGGGGAGGUAAAGAGAAAUAAGCGGUUUAGCGAACCAAAGGUUGGUCGUGGUUAGGAACAAAUUAGGAAGAGACAGAGGAAGGCCGUAUUUUAAACCCGACCUCACAAAUAUAUAUAUUCAAUACAUCUCUGUUCUGUAGGCUUGUAAAUGUACAGGGACAUAUGGACCAUGGCUUAACAAAGAGGUGAUAGGCCUGUGGGCGUUUUUGGCCCCUUAUUCUGCAGAUUAAUACCUACAUCCAUACACUGAUCUUCAAAGUCGAGGAAGCUAAUGCUUGGAGAGGUGAGGAGAUUCUAGAAUAUCUGGCGUCAUGAGAUUCCAGCCUAUCCAGAGUCAGGAGUUUGGUGUAAUUUACUUCUUUCCCCCACACUGUAAUCCUUGUUAGACCAGUGUGUGCUCGGUUUUGCCAGUCGGUACCCCAGCAGGGAUUUAGAGCAUACCUUGCAACUUUCCACAUGACCUGACUCAGAGACUCUUAAUAAUGCAUCUAUUUGACCACCAUAAUAGCAGAGGGCCAGUGUAUACAGUGUGUGCAAUAAGCCAUUUAAAGAGUUAAUAUUGAUCCACACUAAAACCAGACCAUAUCAAGAUUCAUCACAAUUACCUGUAUUCGAAUAAGAAUUGGUAGACGAUUGGUACGCCUGUGUAAUCCUAACACUAUAGUGUUUCUUUAAAUUGAACUUUAAAAUACACACAAGAGGCUCCUGCACGCUCUAGCAGGCUAUUGACAGCGCAGACGAUUAGAGAUUCUAAAUUAACCAGACUGUGCAAUAAAGUGUAAACAUUAGAUGACUCUUUACAGGAAGUAUUUAGGAAGGCUGUGUAAGUCACAUGCAGGAAGGUGUGACUAGGGCUGCAUAAACAAAGUGAUUUAACUCCUAAAUGGCAGCGUAUUGAGCUGUGAGACGGCAGGAGAAAGCUCUAUACACCUAAACCAUUCCAUUAAGCUUAAGUUGAUUUAGUUCCUAUAGUAUCCAUUUAAGUCUGUAUUCUAUAUCUCCUUAGUGCUUGAUACUCUCUACAAUUCUGUAGCUCUAUAACAUAACAAGUCUAUAGGGCUUGAUUCUGCUGCUCUGUAAACCAGUAUGAAUAAAUGUUUUAUCUUCUUUAGCUCUAUGACCUGUCUAUAAUCACUUAAGAUUUGAUUCUGCAACUCUAAAGCAUAGUACGGACAGAAUGCUCUGUAUCACAGCAAGGCCCUAGGUUCCAAUUCUGCAGGUAUGGCCCGGUUAAGAGGCCAUAGCAUUACACGAUUCACAUUCUUAAGAGUCCCAGGACCAGCAUUUUUCUGGCUGCCAGCUGCACUGAGUGUUUCCAUAACACAGACCAGAUGGAGCCCUGUGUCUCAGGAUCUUAUCUGGAGUUGUUCUUGGCGGGGGCUUGGCCCUGAAUUUCAGGAAUACUUUACUUUAUUUAGGAGCAAGGAUGGCUCUGGCUGAGAUCAGCCUCCUAACAUCUGCUCUGCAUUUCCAGCCAUUUAAAGAGCAGGGACUGAAGCUGCCAGGGAAAAGCUAUUAACCCUUGCUCGGCUCCCACGCUUUUGUUUUGUCGAUUUGUUUCCCCUUGUGUCAUAGUUCUGUUUGUUUCUUGUUCAAUGUAAAAUUUCUCACGCUCUGUUCCUCUCCUAUUUCCUCUUUUCUUUUUCUUUUUUUUUAGACGACUAUAUUUAUCGGUUUCAUCAUGCUUCCUUUGUCAUUUGGUUUUUCACCUGUACAUCACUUCUGAAAACAAAGCUUGAGAAAUCCUAAAAUAGGAGAUCUGUCCGCAAGCCCCUAUACCCUUUGAACUAAUAGAGGUAGUUUUCAGUGUAAAAAUCCUGGCAGUACCCACAUUACACCUACACCAAGCUACACCUGCGGUCCAAAAAAGGGGGUUUGGUAUAGACUUCAUUGUCCCACCCCUGCUCUCCCCAAAAUGUCAUAGACACUAAUGUAUUAUAAUGAUUUACUAGCCUCAACACUCAAGGUAUCCUUCUGCAGGGUAAACCACCACUGAUAAAAUGUCUUGAGAGCUCAUUUAUCUUUAUUUUUUUUUAAAGUCAUUUUUUUUGGUAUCUUCAUUCAUGCAGUACUAUAUUGGCAUUCUUUUGAAUCAGCAGAGCCUGCUGGACACAUUAUUCUGCUUUUAUACAAGACAUCAGGUAAUAAAAAGAUUGCAAGAUACAAUUGGAUAUAAACGUGACUGCCCUAAAAUACUUACUAUCCUUUUAUAUGUAAACUGAAAUAGCUCCCGGGCUAACAUGUUUGCUGUCUUCUAUAGAAAACACGUGAUCCAUUCUUAACAAAAUCGGUUUUGUUUGAUCAGUUUAUGUAUGGAUGGGAUGGGAUGGAAUGCAAGGAUGGAUAACUGGAUUGAGAUAAUGAAAGAUGGGUAGAUGAACAGAAGCAGGCUAGAAAGGAGGUCCUAUUUCUAGCCAAUGUCUACGUAGGCCCACAGGUCUACCAAUUCCUUGCUGAAGCAUAUUACACCUUGAAUCAUAUAAAACCUUAAAUAUACCCAGGUUUUGUCCAUGACCAUGGUGGUUUGUACACUAGGUUGUCCUUCUAAAACGUAUAGAACACUUAUAAAUAAUAUCCAUUUUCUAUAGGAACCAUGCCCCCAAUUCAGACUACCCCCAACCCUGAGCAUGUCUGCAGAAAGGGUAAUGUGCGAAGUAGGACUCUACAGCCUGGGCUGCCCUGAUCUGAUGGAAUCCAGAUGUCAAAUUCACACACCAGAAAAAAAAACAUGUCCAGCUGUAGCCCAUUAACGUACAAAUAAAAAUAAUCCGAACAGAGGCGGGGAGGGGUUGGAGGGGUCCUGGCUGGAGCCUGCUAUGGGAGCUCUGGAGUUUUCCAAGACCUGUCAAAAACACUGCUCAAAAACAAUCCCUGUGGUGAGAAGCAGUUUCUCAUAACAGGGAGCCUCUUAUCGAUGGCACAGACUGAGAUCACUUUGGGGAGGGGGCACUAAUGAAGAAUUCCCAUAUGUUUUCUGGGCUGGAGGUUGCGUUACUAGUAGAGGGUACAGACAACACACAGCCUAUCGUGACCAAAAAAAAAUUGUCAAAAUUGCUUGUGCUCAAAAGACCUAGGAUGCACAUUGUCUGGUCUGUUCACACGUGGUGUGGAAGGGGUUAGGUAUGCCAGCACGGUGUAGCCCCCUUCCCCCCGGGCACAGAUCUCUGAUCCUGUCUCUUGCCCUGUGUUCCCUUCUUUGGUCUUGGCCAGAGUUACACGGAGGACUCGGACAGCUCUCAGCAGCUGCUGCACACCUGUCCUCAGCUAUCAAAAACGGUAGUGAACUGUAUCCCUGGCAAAGAGUUAUGCGGCGCGUCCAGCCAGGCAAGGGUUAAUAGUUGUAAUGUGUGGAAGGGGAGGGAGCGGGGGCCACAGCUGAUCCCAGCAGCAGGUGUUUGAGGAUUGCUUUAACUGCUGCUCUCUGUCUCCUUCUGACUCUCCCCCUUUCCUAUAGCGUACUACCUGAAUUAUUAUUAUUUUAUUAUUUAUAUAGCACCAGCAAACUCCGUAGCGCUGUACAUGGGAAUGAUAAUCGUUCCCUGCCACGCUCCUUCUGGGCUCUCAUGUCAUGCUCUCUCUUUUCCUAUUUUAACCACAUUGUGUGUGUGUGUGUGUGUGUGUGUGUUUGUGAAAACGAACCCGCUGCCAUUGAGACAAGUCCCUCACUCUCUUCUCUGUAUUCCUCUUCGCAGGCAGCACCUAGGAUACAGCAGAUACAAUGCCAGACUCACCGGCUGAUGUGAAGACACAGACACGGACCACCCCACCCACUAUGCCCCCACCCUCACCUGCCCUGAGCCAAGGGGCCAAUCGCAGCUUUUCCUUCACACCAAGCACAAGUGAGAAAGGCUUACAAUGACAUGGGAUCUUUCAACCAGGGCUUGACAAACCCCCAGGAGCCAGGGAUUCUACAAAUAGAACUGAUGCUCAAUAGCUAGCUGGGUUAUAUUGUAUAAAUCCCUGGCUCAAAAAAAUAAAAUAAAAUUACACUUAUAAACCAUUUGCAUAUUGUGAACAUGUUCCUGCAGACACAACAGAUCUACGGAGAAAUUUAAGGAUCAUAUAAUUAUUCUAGAGUCUAGAGGGACGGUGGCCAUUGUCACGGGUGGCCUCAGCAAAGGGGGGGCAAUAGCAACCCAAACUUAGCAAUGUCCUAAAUGUAAUAUUGUUGGAUAAGCUUUUCUAAUGAUUUAAUAUCUUAGAUAAACAUUUAAAAUUUUCUUUAUAAAAAGCAUAUCAAUAUAUUAAAAUAUUACAUAAUUAUAAAAAAAAAAUAGUAAACAAAAAUAUUAAAUCUCUGAACAGCCUAUCCAAAACAUAGACAAGCUUUACCGAGAUCUGACAGACAUUUAGGAAAGCUAAAAAUGACUAAUGGUUGCACAUUUUCAAGUCCUAGUUGAAUCACAUGCAGUCCUACAAAAGAUGAGUUUGCAGUGUGUCUGUACUAUGUAGUGUAUGAGUGUAGUGUAUGAGAAACACGAUUAAUAUUUUUAAGCAUGCUUGGGUAGGAAGGUUUUUUCUAACAUGAUUGGUGGGCAUGGCUGGCAAGUUCUUUCUUGGCAUUCAAGUCUUCUAGCUAUUUUUUUCCCCUUGGCAGAAUGCCAUGAUAGGAGAUACGUGUGUAUUUGUAGGCCUGAUGGGACGCAAGUUUCUUGAUGAGCACAAGUUGGGUAAAAGGUUUUCUUGGAGGGCAUGGCUGGUAAAACAUAGAAACAUAGAAUGUGACGGCAGAUAAGAACCAUUCGGCCUAUCUAGUCUGCCCAAUUUUCUAAAUACUUCAAUUAGUUCCUGGCCUUAUCUUAUAGUUAGGAUAGCCUUAUGCCUAUCCCACGCAUGCUUAAACUCCUUUACUGUGUUAACCUCUACCACUUCAGCUGGAAGGCUAUUCCAUGUAUCCACUACCCUCUCAGUAAAGUAAUAGUUCCUGAUAUUAUUUUAAACCUUUGCCCCUCUAAUUUAAGACUAUGUCCUCUUGUUGUGGUAGUUUUUCUUUUUUUAAAUAUAGUCUCCUCCUUUAGUGUGUUGAUUCAUUUUAUGUGUUUUAAGCGUUUUUAAAAGGACAUGGCUGCUGCAAAGUAUAUGUCUAGGUUGGCAUAUAGCUUGGUCAAGAUGUGUUUGUUGGUAGACAUGUCUGAGUAUGAGUUGUAUCAUGGUGGACGUGGGGGUGAGGAUGAGGUGUCUUAGCGGGCAUAAAAAUGGGUUAGAUGUUUGUUUGGGGUGUACCAUGAAUAUGUAUGGAUGAGUUAACUGUACAAAAUGUAAAAUAUUUAAAAUUCCUUAUCUUUUCAAACCUACCCCACGCAGGGAGAAAUUGAUUGGAUGUAUGUGGGUGGGUAUAGGCUAGACUAAUGUUUAUAUUGACCAGAAUUUAGUUGGAGGCUCAACAUACCGAGUUUUUAAACAACUUCUUUUGGUUGGUCAGUAAUUAAGAUGUCAUGAUUGACUAUAGUUUGGGUGAAGGUGCCUCUGUUUGUUUUGUUGGACGAACCAGAUGGAUGGCUUGGAGUGAUGUUGCCAGUCACCGUAUCCCUCACAUUCUCUAGUUUGUGUAUGAGCAAUUCUGCUUUAAAACAGAUGUUCUCUAAUUAGAUGUUGGGGUGAUCUGAUGGGUUUUACAUUAAGCUGAGAAGGAACAGAUGCGCCUGUGUGUAUGUGCGUGUCUAUAAUCCACAUCCACAAUGUGUGUUUUUCUUUUUCUAAUCCACGUGCAUUACAUUGUGCAUUCAUGAUUGUUUGUGUGUGCCAUGUUAUUUUUGUGAUACAAUAACCAACUUGUGCAGAACACAAAUAAAAACAUGUUUGCAGGCUGCCAAACUUUCCUCUAUGCAAAACAGGCAAAACAUAGGCACACAGCCUGCAAACAUGGAAAUCACACACAGUGUCACUUUGGGAUCCCACCUGUCAGUUGUGGGCAUGUGGUUAUUUUGGGCUCCUCUUUGGGGGGCCGCCCCUCAGCGUCCUCUUGGUGCCAGUGUAUGUGUGUGUGUUACCGUUCACAGAGCAGAUUUUACCACUGGGAGACGUUUAAAAGCUGCUUUAGAAGGUGGGUUAACAAAGCACUAUGCAGAGCUCCUGUGUGCCCCCAGCAUGCUAUGUCUUAUGUGAGAGUGUCCGUGCAUGCAGCUGAAAAACAGACAGGAAUGUGAGAAGGGAGGAUAGGAUCUGGGCAUGUGUGAAGGAAAGGCUGGUACAACCAUUAGGAGUGUGAGACAUUUAUACCGUCCAGUAGUGCUUCCUGUUCAGUUUAUACACACCUUGUUCCUAAAAUCAAAUAAUGGCCUGGCUGGAUCUUUUCCUUGAGAACUAUUACUGCUUAUAAUUCUCUUAUCACACUGACAGGUGUAGAUAGAAUAUAUAUAGACACACUCACAUGUAUGUCAUGUGAUAUUGGCACUACUUGUAUGUAUGUAUUAUUUAUAUAGCACUAGCCGAUAUACUUUACAGGCAACAUCGCCAUACACAGAGAGAUACAGAAAAAGAAUAGAGUAUCAGAGUUAUUCCCUGAAAUGAUAAUUGUAGGGAAUUGAAAAAAAUUUAAAAUUUAAGGCCAAAUAGCCAAGAAUUUAUCCAAGUAAACUAUGCUUUAAUUUCAGGUGUUUUGCCCUUAUAUUCAAAAUUCACUUUGAACUCUCUUUGAUUUCGUGACAAUUAACACUUAAGGCAAUAACCCUGUAUACAAUUUAAUAAUAAUUAGAAUAUGUUGCACUAAUUGGUACUUUACAGGUUAACGUACGUGUUAGGGCUAUAUAAAUAAAGGAUACAUACACUAUACAUCUACUGUACUUCCCUGUACUGUAAUGUAAGUGCAAUAGCUAUACAGUAUGUAUGCUUUAUUUAUGUACUACUAACAGGUGGACUUAACACUUUACAGGUUAUAUUACAGUAGUGAGGGGUGCUGCGAGUGCAGAAGUUAUAUAGUUUGUUUGAGUAAUUUGUUUGUAUAGUGCUAACAGGCUACUUAGCACUUUACAGUCUACAUUACAGUAGAGGGAGGUGCAGGAGUUACAUAAUGUAUGUUUUAAUAAUUUAACUAUAUACACUGCUAACAGGUGUACUAAUUUACAUUACAGUAUAGUGGGUAUAGUAUGUGUUGCAGUUGGGCAGUGUGUGGUAUAUUUUAUUUAUAUUAUGCUACAUUAUAGUAAAGGGAAGGUGCAUUAGGUAGACUAGGUAGGUGUUCAAUAUAUUUUUAGUGGGGUUCAGUAAGCACAGUAGUUAUAGUGUGUAUAAUCUCUCUCUAUAUAAUCUUUAUAGCAGGUUACAGAUUACAUUACAGGAUAGGUGUGGAACGGUAGUGCUGUAGUCAUUUAGUGUAUGUAUAUUAAAUUAUUUAUAUAGGGCAAACAGUGUGCUUAGGGCUUCACAAAAUAAGCAAGUAGAAGGAACUUUAUAGUGUAAACAAAUUUACAGUUUACGUUUUAGUUUAUAUUUGUAUAACGUAUUAACAUAGUGCUAAAAGAUACACUUCACACUGUAAGUUUCCCUUACUUUAUAGGGACGGUAUAAUAAGUGCAGUAUCUAUAGAGUUUAACUAAGAAAUGUAUUUCGCACUUGUCCAUAAUGCACAGUCUAACUGACAUUGUAUGAUGCCCCUAUAUGCACUGGUAUGGCCAAGAUUAGCGGGAGAUAUGUAACUCCUGCAGCUGCUACUAUUUACAACGCAACAUUCUCUCCCAAUAAUAAUAUAGCAAUAUAGGUGAUGGGGAGAUAGAAAAAGCACACUUCUGUUUCCCCAGCUCCCACAAGCUUCUUGUUUAUGCUGACAGUCCUAAUCCGAGUUAAACUAGAGCCGGGGUUUUUCACAGUAUAGACUUAAGUUGUCAAACCCAUGGAUUGCAUUGGUUAAAGUAUAUGCACUGGUGCUGAAUUAUAUAUUAUAGUGUAUUAUAGCUGACUGGUGUGUUAGAGGAGGUAGUAUUAUUGCUAUCUGUCAGACAGCGGAAAUAAUAUGUCCCUCUUUUCCCAGUGAUGAACGGAAGCAGCCAUUCUCCCACCGCAAUAAAUGGAGCUCCUUCUACCCCCAAUGGCUUCAGCAACGGACCUUCUGCCUCCUCUUCAGCUGCUUUAACGAAUCAACAGCUUCCCCCGGCAUGUGGGGCACGACAACUCAGCAAACUAAAGCGUUUCCUUACUACGUUGCAACAGUUUGGCAGUGACAUCUCUCCGGAGAUCGGGGAGCGUGUUCGAGCACUGGUGCUGGGACUAGUGGUGAGUACAGGGAUGGGGAGUCAUAAACUUCAUCCAUAAGAGGGGUCAGAAAUGUUACACGGUUACCGCUUUACAAUUAGAGAGGCAAGAUCACCUAAUGCACCCAACAAAUAGAUAACCAUGUAGGUUUAGAGCUCUCGUCUGUACUGCACAUUUUUCACAUGAUAAAUCUUUAAAGUAAAUUUUAAAGAAAAUGGAGAAUGCUAUGAAAAAAAGGUGAACACAACCUGUACGUAAAUUUCAAUGUAUUAUUCAAUAGUAUAAUUUCCAGAGACGUGUCAGUUACACUUUAAAACGACGGCACAUCACAAAAUGGGCAAACUGGUCAAGUACAAAUGCAUUAGGAAUGUAUAAAUGAUGAAAACAGAUCUUAAAUUUGGCUUAUCUGUAAAUAGAUAUACAUAUAUUUCCAAUAAUGUAAAAAUAACACUAAAUGGAAACAACUUUGAAGGAACACUCCACACACCUAAUGCACUUUAGUUUGCUGAAAAACUAAUUUUACAAAAAGUGCAGAUUUCAAUAGAAAUUGGCACUUCUAUAAAGAACUUUGUUACACCUCCCCUGGCUGUCAAUCAGACAACAGGUCCUAUUACGUCCUCUGUUACUCAGCACAGCAAAACAAAAUUCAAGAGGUAGUGAUUGUCCAGAGCAUCUGCCUUGCAAAGACUUUUCACUGAGCUGCAUUGCGAAGUCAGUGAUUAGACAGCCACGGAACGUCUGGGCGGGGUUAGAAGGGGAGGGCUUGCAAAGGUUGCAGACAAAAGAUCUGUAGAUUUUGCAAGCUAUUUUUAGAUCAAACCCUAAUGAAACAAAAACAUAAUUAAAAGCAUACUAUAUGUUUUAAUUGGGAUAUAUCUACUAAAUAGUGAUUUUAUAUUUGUAUUUAGGCAGCUGAUUGUCCCUUUAAGAAACCUUUAAAUAUAGUCUAUUUAAUGCAGAUCCUUUAAGGAGACCUGUGUAUGGGACAUGGACAAUGAAAUAACUAUAUCCUGUUGUGUUGCUUUUUCAGAAUUCCACACUGACCAUUGAAGAGUUCCAUUCGAAGUUACAGGAAGCCACAAACUUCCCUCUCCGACCCUUUGUCAUCCCAUUUUUAAAGGUAUGAUGAACUUCCUCUAACUGUCAGUUAGUAGUAGUCUUGGCGCACCAAGGCAUAUACCUCUAUAUUCGAAAAUUGCCAAACAUUGUGCAAGAUACAGCCCACAUUAAACAGAUUAUCAAACACUGCCCACAUUGACAUUUACAGAAUCACUCAUACCCAUAAUGAUGCUUUGGCACGCUUCCCUAAAUCUCAUGCCAACCUUGAAGUAUUCUGUAUAACUUCCUGUUUUGUUCCACCAUGUGACCAUUGUGGAAUACUUUUUGUGCCAUCCAAAUGGAAGUCAAAGUUUAAAAAAAUGUUUUAAAAAACAUUUAAACCCCCAAUCUUGAUAACCAUUAGUGACAUCUUCAUAUAGAAUACAUGGCACAUGCUUUUUACUGGCAUGCUACACUCAAGAUUUUAGUUUGGUUUCUCCAGCGUCAUACUUGCCUCCUGACGAAUUCUACGUUUGCAGUCAAUCAUUGUAGCGUGACUUAACAUUUCCCUGUUUUCCAGGCUAACCUCCCACUGCUUCAGCGAGAGCUCCUGCACUGUGCCCGCUUAGCAAAGCAGAGUCCAGCACAGUAUCUGGCACAACAUGAAAAGCUUCUCCUCGAUGCCAGCUCCUCAAGCUCUCCCAGUGACUCUUCUGACCUCCUCAUGGAGGUGAAUGAAAAUGGCAAACGACGGACUCCUGACAGGUAAAACGGCUCUCACAUCAUUGUUACAGGAAUGGCCAAUCUCUACUGGCCGAAACGUUGAGCAUUAACAGUACCUCAGUAAGUGUAGCAAAAAGAGAUUAAACAAACUGCAUGACUCAUAGUACAUACAUCAAUGAUUCCAUAUUCGGAGACCAUCUGGUACAAGGUAAUAAACAAAAAAAGAAACAAAUGGUGCCCCUUCUCUUCUCUCCACAGACAUCUUGUACAAUGUAACUAACAUCUAACUCUCCAGCUAUUGUACAACUACAAACACCAUGAUGCUUUGCUAGCCUUAAGUUAGUUCUGCAACAACAAGAGAUCUACCUUUUCACCACCUCUGCUCUAGCAGACACAACCUGAAUAAGAUGCACAUAUUACCGGGUUUCACUAGUCCCAGAAUAUUCUGUAAAGUGUUUUUUGUACACGUCUAUUACUUGAAAAUAGCAGGCGUUGCUUUGGGAACAAAUAGUAGACACAAAAUCUAUCUAGCAGGGAUUAACAAAAAUAAUUGUCUGACCUUUUUGCCGACAUGUAAACCCCUCGUCCAGUCCAUGUUGGGAAUAUUUUGUAGUUCUAUGCUUGUGGCAAAAUGUUUUGCUUUAUUGCCAACUACUGGGUUAAGAUUUUUGCUAUUACGCACAAACUUUUUCCUACCGAAGUAAUACAAUUCUAGUAGUAAGCAUGGCCUAAUAUCUUUUACCUAACAUGGGCGAAGAGUUACAGCAAAGUGGAAAUUUCAGUUGCUGUUAAUUUUUUUUAUUAUUUCAUUGUAUUUAAACAGUCAUAAAUCAAAAUAUUUUUACACAUUAUAAAAGAUUGUCAGGGUUAAUAAAUAAAACAAGAACUCUUUGGAAUUCAAAGUUAAUUUCUAAUUUAAGGUCAAAAUAACUGAAUUGAAAAAAUUCUCUACUUUAGCUGUGCUUUCAGAUCAGCUACAUUGGCCUUAAAUCUGAAAUUCAUUUAGAAUUCCUGAAAAUUCUCACAUAAGUGAAUAACCCAGUAUGUCUCCACUUCUGCCAAGAAUGAGGGAAAUUUUGGACACCUGUGCAAUGUGUGUUUGUCCUGUCAAUAUCAAUAGCUUGUGUUGUCUUUAUUUUUCACCAGGACCAAAGACAGCAUGCAGGAUGGCCUGCACCCAGAGCAUCUCACCAAGAGGCCGUGCACCACAAGCCCAGCACAGAGAUACAGCCCUAGCAAUGGACUGCCUCACCCUUCCACUAAUGGACUCCCCCACCCCACUCCACCACCCACUCAGCAUUACCGCCUUGAGGAUAUGGUGCUGGCUCAUCACUACCGACACACAGACCCCCGGGAAUUACGAGAGCGACACCGGCAGGCAGGUAUGAGAGCCCUUGCGUUACAAGAAUGCAGCUGCCAAGCAGGUGCCAAUUAGGCAGUGUGCCAAUCUGUUGAUUAACGUCGUGCAAGACAGAUGCCAAGCACAUGUGAUCUAGACAGUCAAGACCGAUGCUUUUAGAGCUUCUUUACAGAUCUGAACGCAACAUUUUUUGGUCAUUAUGAACAUUUCAGAGAAAAUAGAACAUCAGAAUGAUAGGACUGUGUGGCCAUAAUGAAUCUGUUGCAAACAAAUGCAAAGUAUCAUCUUUAGUUGUAUGUAGUGCAAUUUAUUUACAUACACGCAACAGGGCUACACAAACACCUGUAGAUUACAGACUGGAUUAGUCACUGAAAUGCGAACUGUCAGGAGUCCAAAGUAAAUUUCAUAUUUUAUUGCAAAAGGGUCAGCAAUCUUCUAUUUUGGCCUAAAUUUGAAUUUCCCUGUGAAUUAAUUGACGUUCCAAUAGUUCACAGUUUAGAGCAGGGGUAGGCAACCUUCGGCACUCCAUAAUGCUGGCAAAGAACCAAGGGAGAUGUAGUCCACAACAUGUGGAGUGCCAAAGGCAGUCUAUCCCUGGUUUAGAGAAGCCCAAGUUAAGUUAGUUUAGUGAUGAUAUGCCUUGGCAUCGCAGAGAUUUCUGGACGUUAUAUUUAUUACGACCCUCCUUCUAAAUGUACGCCAGACUGAAACAGAGAGGAAAAGCAAAAAACAGAAAGCAAGACAUUAAUUUUACAUCCCAAGGGGUAAAAAUACAGUUUUCCCAUUAUAGAGCAAGCCAAGCCAGAGCUUGAUAAAUUGGCAAAAGGAAAGCUAGACAGGAUCAAAGAUACCAGAGGAAGGCAAGCCAGGCCAAAUCCAUGAACGCAGAAAACAAUUACUAGAAAGAAGGCACUAUUGGUCUAAAAGGAACCACUAAGUGGCACUUAUCAUAUUAAGUUAAUUAAAUUUAAGUAAACUGGAGUUCGGCAGCUGGAAGAUUCAGGCAAGCUUCUAAGGACAUAGAGUCCUGGAAUGGGCGCUGCCAUAACGCAUUAGACUAUUUAAUGGAGGUGCAAGAGAAGUCUGCAGCACUACUGAGAAUUUCCCAUGAUGCCAGCCAGUCUUAAAGGGACACUCCACAGCACCACGACCACUACAGCCCACUGUAGCCCGGCGAAUCUUUUGCAUAAGAUUUGACUACUUCCUCUGGGAGGGCCCAAGAUAACUCCUGUCACCAUAACCACUUCAACGGGCUGUAAAGAAUGCCAGGGUUAACCACAACUGCACUAUGCAAUAUCGCACAUGUGCAUUAUACAGUAUAGAUGCAGAGAUAUCUAUAGUUCCUCCUGUACAGAUAUCAUAUUCUAGCAGAUAGUUUGCUUAUGUUGCUGACCCGUUCUCACAAGAUCAAAUAUGAGGUCUGGGGCACUGUAAUUGACACUCCCAGUCAAAAACCUGUGGCUGCAUGUCUGUACCCCAUAAGGUUUGCAUGCCAGCUGCCCACAGUAUGCCAUCUGUUCCCUGCACGCCAACCCACUGUUCCAUGUAUCAUACAAAACAGUAAUCUGUUACCUACAGCUACAGCCCAAUAAAACUCGCUCCAUAUACUGGGCACUCCUUGCAAUUUAUCUCAUUAUUUCUUAAUUCCCAGCUGUACAUGAGGUAAUCGAUCACAGGCUGACAGAGCGCGAGUGGGCAGAGGAGUGGAAACAUCUAAACAAUGUGAGUAGGCUGCAGGUGAGAGGUGGGAGGUUUGUGCCUGGCCAACCAAUGAUAGGCAUGCAUUGCACAAAGCCAAGUGUUGCAACCUGUUGAUGUCUCUUGCUCUGUACAGCUCUUGAAUUGUAUAAUGGACAUGGUCGAGAAGACACGGCGUUCGCUGACCGUCCUACGACGCUGCCAGGAAGCUGACCGCGAAGAGCUCAAUCACUGGAUACGACGUUACAGUGAUGCUGAAGACAUGAAAAAAACAGUCAGCUCUACAGCACAGCCAUCUCGACAUCAAAGCAGCUCUUCAAGCACAGAGUCCUCGCCGGCAGGUAAGACCGUGUUGUCUGAAACCAAAAAAAGAGGCGAAAUCCAGGCCCUUGGGACUGUGAACCAUGGGGAAUGUAUAGCUUAAUGCUGGCUAAGACCCGUGAGUUGUAGUUCAACUACAAAUAUUUUGUUAUGCAUAGAUUUUAAUCCAGGAUGGGGAGAGGAUUACAUAAAAGAUGGGUGGGCACCAAUAUAAUAAAAAAUCAUUAAAAAAAACAAACUCACCUUUGCUCAUACUUAAUAUUUAUCAAAAGAUAAGUACAGUAAAUAUGGGAGAGUUGGUUGGUUGGUCAGGUUGUGUUCCUAAAGGGUCCUCAUAUGACCAGGUUCUAAAUAAUUAUAGAGCAGUUGUGGAUGCUCUAUAACUAAAUAAUUUCUAAACUUGAAAACAACACAACUGUUUCAGCAUAAAUGGCUGAACAGGCAAAGAUGCUCAGAAUUAAGUACUCAGCUAAUAGUUUGUUAGUUAUCGCUUUCUUGUAUUUAUCAUCAUCUGUUUCAUGUUAUUUCAGAAAACUCUCGGGACUUCUUGCACAGACCACAGGCUGGGUACAUGCCGGAAGAGAUCUGGAGGAAAGCAGGUGAGUGUGAAAAGAAGACCCAAACCUAACUUGAGAUUAGUGUGUAAAAAGUAAAAUGGGUUGGGGCUUACUUUAAUUGGCAUAUACUGCUGUAUCAAAAAUACUGUUUUUGUUUUUUGUGUAUAUGCUGGAUUUUCAUUAUUACUGUUAAUAAAAGGCAUAUAUUUCAACUGAAUAUGUGUACAAUGCUAGCACCAAGCCACCCCUCUGAGCUGUCUCUCUCCCCGCACAGAGGAGGCGGUGAACGAAGUGAAGCGGCAGGCUAUGUCAGAACUGCAGAAAGCGGUGUCGGAAGCAGAGCGGAAGGCUCACGAACUCAUUACGCUGGAGCGUGCCAAGAUGGAGAGAGCACUGGCAGAAGCAAAGCGCCAGGCAUCAGAGGACGCAGUGUCUGUCAUCAACCAGCAGGAGGACUCAAGUGAGGUAACGGCCACGCGGCUUAGAGCAGAUAGCAGCCGCAACUGUCAAUGAGUCCAAAAAAAGCAGUCAGCUAUAUAAGAUGUAGGUCUACCAUUUUGUGUAAUGCAGAAUAAAAGCCACUUUAAAAAAAAAAAAUAAGCUGCAGUGGUUGUGAGAAUUAUGAAUCUUUAUAGCCAAAGCAUCACUAACAGAGGAUCGUGAAGCAUGGAUAAGUGUGUGCCAUCACUGGGUUUUCCUAUGACAACAUAUUCAUGAAAUGAAUUGGUGACAUCAUAGGAAUGUGUGUAGGUGGGCAACAAGCAUUGUUAGUUAGUAGACCGUGCUCUGUAGUCAAAUGUCCUGAGCAGUAAACAAAAUAAUUUGCUGCCCAUUUAAAUUGGAGUGAUUGGGUGGAGAAAUCAGGUCUUCCCUGGAUUUUUACAGGCAUGGAGCAGGCACUCUGUAUCUCCUACGGUGUGUUUGGUUCCUGCAUCGGCCAAGUAAAAUACGACGUGACUGUGUUGACUUUAGAAGCUUGGGGGUUUUACGUUUUUGUAGUCUUUAUAUUACUAUCAUCCUUUAAUGUCCUUCUGAGAAAGUCUUGUAUUUUUAACACUCUUCCAUGUCCCGUUUUAUCCCUGCAGAGUUGCUGGAACUGCGGGCGGAAAGCAAGUGAAACAUGUAGUGGCUGUAACACCGCACGGUACUGUGGCUCCUUUUGUCAGCACAAAGACUGGGAGAAACAUCACCACGUAUGUGGGCAGUCCUUGCACAACACGCCCAGUGCACCUCCAGCUCCUACAACCCCAACAACCCCUUUAGCCAGCCCCACCGCGAGUAGCUCUGCAUCUCGCUCUGGAACUCCUGCCACCCCACUUCUCCUGGAUACUGCCUCCCGCUAAUCAAGCUGUGGUAACCACAGAAUCCUAAGAAGGACAAUAAACAGCCAUGACUACUCUCAUCCAGAUCUGCCUGGUUCACACAGUUUGGGGGGUGGGUGGGUGGAGGGGACUUGGAGUCAAAGACAAUGCCCGUCAAGACUUCCCCUGCCCCCUGUUGUGUCUGCAGUUGGGUGGGUGUGCCAAUGGCUGUUUGGAUUUAAUCCAGGAAUUCCUAAAAAUGACUUUUAGCAGCUGUGGGAAAUGGUCUUACAAAGAACCUCUAGCAGUAGUCAGAGUCCUUGUGAAGGACACCUGACCAGAAAGAAAACCGAGUAGGGGAAGUAUUUAAUUUACAACUGCUCUGAACUUUUUUGGCUUUAAAACAAAAAUAGAAUCCAAAAAUAAAAGUAUGAAAAAGAAAAAAAAAAACAGAAAUAUACAAAUGAAACUACCUUGCUAGUCAGCCAAGAAAUGUCUGAUACCAAGAACACCUCUAAAAUGAAUCCCAAAAAAACAAAUGAAGGAAAAAUAAAUCCAAAUCCAAACAUUGCGAGCCCUGCCAAAGCCCUGACCUGUUGAAUAAAAGUAGAGGAGACUCUGUGGGGAUUGCGGGCACUCCGCAUUCUGGGAUCUUGUAGCUACACGGGCCCCGUAAAAUGAAGGAAAAGGGGCUGCUGAAAUCUUUUCUCAGAAGCCUCCUCCAGAGGGAUUACUUCACUUACAGCAACAUUUGUAUCUUCCUCCUCUACCUCUCCAACCGCAGAUAUCUAGUGACAUGCCAUUGUGAAUGAGCCUCACUCCUCUAUUCUGCUGGGAUCUCGCAACACACAACUCUUCUUCUAAUGAAUUGUCCUGGAGGGAACAACAAAUGGCAACUGGAGGUAUAUAAUCUGUCCUAUGCAGAUAGGCAAACAAUGAGAAACCUUGAUAACGAGUCAAUAUUCCGCACCCCAGCUUUACUGCUCCUCUGAAAAUGGUGAAGCUCUGAUAUGGAUUUAGGGUGGAGGGCAAAUACUUCUGGGAGGUUUAAAUGGGCAGCCACAACCAUCUUAUCACUUUGGGCCAUGGUGGGAAAUGAUAUCAGAACCCCCUACGUUCAUGCAGACUUUAGCCUAUCUUUGUGGAAGAUUGUACAGAUUUUUUUUUUCUAUUUAUAAAUACAUAUAAAAGAGUACCCAUGUAGGGGACAUGCGUGCAAUAUGAAAAGUGCAAAGCUACUGACAGUUUGGGGGAAGGUGACGGCAAACUUAGCAUUAACACCAUACAGAAAGAAAAUGUAGCAUUGGAUCACGAUCAAGCCUUUAUUUCAGCAACAUGAUUUCCAGAUAACCCUAAAUAAAAUAAAAUAAAUUAUAUUAAAAACACAACACAUGAUGUCCAUAAGAAAUAUAGUGAACUAGGAAGAAAUAUGUUCUCUAUGAAGAUUGGUGUGAUAAAGCAUUUUCCAUGUAUAGGGAACCCAAAAACAAUAGUAUAAUAAUACCCCAAAUAUCAGGGAUCUAGGGGACCACCCACAGAAUCCCAAGUUUUAGAAAUGUUUAAUUAAUCUUCACCAUUUGCCCGGAUUCCGAAACUAAGUCCAGUUGCCUUCCAAGGGGAACCUGGUAGAGAAGCUAGCCAAGUGAAUUGCUACCAAGUGUACCAAUAUAAUUUUAGCCCUACAUUCAGUUUUUGUAUUUUACUUCUGUGUCAUCAGCCAAACAUCACAACAGUCCCAGGGUCGUUGGGACAGUCUAGGCUCCUGUUCCACCAUCCUAGAUUUGAAAUCUGGUCUCAAACUUUGAGGAACACUGUAGAAAUAUCCACCAUAAGUGAAGUGUGAACUCAUAAUUAGGCAAACAGUGCAGACCAAAGUAAGAGUGUUUAGCCCACAUAAAAUCACUGCAACAGCACUCUGUACAAGGGCUACCCUGAGUAUGGUGCACAACACUCAGGGGUGGUGCUUGUCCUUUACGAGAAAUACCUCCCAAUAAGAAGUAGGGCAGUGCAGUAUAGAAGCAAAAUCUGACUACAUUGAUGACAACAUUGAUAUGCAGCAUCCCACAGUACCUAUCACGUGGAUGCACACUUGACACUAUCACAGCAUCCAUCUUUGAUAAGGGGAGUCUGGUUUUCAAACGAUACAUUUGCUAGUGAAUAUUUGCUAGUACAACGUUCACAUUUCAAAUUAUUUUUGAAGUGAGAAACACGUAUAAUGAUUGCAUCCAAAAACUCAAAUCAAAAGUCUUUGGGUACUUACCUGCUAAACCUACAGUACAUUUACUAUAGUUCAUCAUGGAAUUUUGCAAAACAGGUGCAUUAUCCCUUGGAAGUGUUGAGCAAUUACUGUUAAGCACCCCGUGAGAGGUAUUAAAAGUCUAGGAAAUGUGAGACACCAAAGAGCCUGUGUUUUAAUGGGUGCAGGAGGUAAAUUCAGCCCAAUUAAUAAUUUACUAACCCAAAUGUUAUUUAAGUAAAGGUUUACAUAACUUGACACAAUUUCACUUAUUCAAAACGACAUUGUGCUUUUUCACUGGGGGAAACAAUUUUCCGUCACACUCUUGACAUCCUGUUACAUCCUAAAACAGUUCUCUGCUCAGGAAGCACCUGUAAGAGCAAGUGUAAACAAAAGUAGUUUCCCCCAACUUUCCAAAAAACAAACAAACAAAAAAAAAAAAAAGAAUGUAAUUUCAUAUCUUGCAUUCGGUCAGGGAAUGGAAAUUUUCAAGGAUAUUUCUUGUAAGUUACAAAAUGUAUUUUAGCUACUAUUUCACCUAAACAUUGUUUUGUGCUGAGCUUGUCAUUCUUGAUCCACAUAGGAGGGAGCUUUAUUUAUUUCUGUUUGUAUGUAUUAUUAUGACAAAGACCUAAUAUAUAAAAGUAUUUGGGGUGUGUAAUAUGGCAAACAGCUUCAGUGAUUUCAGAGAGUUUUACACAAUCUGACUUCCAGUGUUUUACAGUGUAACAAAGUGCUGUCUAUCUUGUGAUGCGCCGAUUUCUCUUGGCACACAUUCUGGUUAAUUUCUUGGUACAGUCAAAAGGUUUGCACACCUUUCCUUUCAACGUAGUUUACUCUUCUCAUUGAAGCCAGUCUUUUUUUUUUUUUUUAAUAUACAUAUAUAAAUAUAUUUCUAUGUAAACACAAUUGUUCUGUGUUGUAAAAUAAACCAUUUCGUCCACCUGUCGCCAUAUUAAAUUUGGAUUUGGGGAUUUAGAGACACCAGGACCAUUGACCUCAACUUGGACUGAUUUGAGCAACUGCCAAUGUAAGUUCUCCCACGCUACCUCCAACUAACUUCACCGCCCACAGUGGAAGUACAGACUUGUAAAGUUGCGCUUCACCUUCAAACCAAAAUGCGACCAUGGAAGAGGAUUUGGAUCUUCUGGACAAACUCUGUCCCUGAUAUUAAAAAAAAAAAAAAAAAAUUAAACAGCUUUAAAUAUAAUGUUCCAAGGGUCAAUGAACAGAGACCUCACAUUUGGGGGCCUCUUUUUUGUAUCCCAAGAGGUUGUAGCUUUAAAGAUGGCGGUGCCUAUUUUGACCCGGCUCCGCAGUACUUCUUCCCAACAUUUUUCACUGGCACCUGUGAGCUGUAGUGUGCUGUUUCUUCAUGUGACACUGCCAACCCAUGAUGGUCCCAAAAUGUCUUCUCCCCUCUCUAUUGUUAAGCUUUGCCAGCAAGAACCAGAAUUUUCUCCUCUUCAAAAGGUACAAAAUAAAGUCCACGGAUUAAAAGGCGAUCGGCACUUACAACCUAAUGGCUUUUGUAGCAAAAACCUCCUACUGCGGUGGGAGAUAUCUUGAGAACAUUUAUUAUGCUACAUAGGUAGUUUCUCUGUCCUGCCACAGCUUCACUAACACACCAUGGGGCACAUCUAAAAAUACAACUUACAGGCCUAUGUUAAAUACAACUGGUUUAGAUUUCCUAAUCCUCCCAUAUAAAAAGCACACGGUGGAGAAUCUGAACCCUAUUGGCUUUUAUUGAUAAUUACUUAAAAUAGAUCAUGUAUUUUGUCCCUGAAACCUGAUUUGUUUGCUGGAGAGGCCCAUGGAAGACUAAUGUAACAGAACUGAAUAUUUCCAAUUGCUUCUUUAAAUGCACCGAUCAGAACAUAUUACAGUAGUUGGAAAAAAUGUGAGACUUUAUACUGCUAUCCAUGCCAGCAAGAGGGUAAUGCAUCUUGCAAUUUGGGGGCAAAGUGCUAUAUGUAGGUUUCUAUGGGAACUGCACCUAUUUAGCAAUUUGCCUUACUAAAGAAAAAAAAAAACAGUGUUCUCCUGUUAAGACUUGUAGUCAUAAUUCCACUACAAGGAGAACAAACCUUAUCUGCUCCAGCAAACAAUCACCUAAGGUGUACAAGCUGUACAAAUAUUAUAUCACCCAGUGCUUAUCCCUUUCACAACCUGGAAGGUUUGUCGAACACUGGAAUACUCCCAAGCAGACAGAAUGAUGACUGACAAGUUUGUAAAGUCAAAUAAGGUUUUGGUCUUUCCAGGAAUUGCUCAGGCAUCACAACAUUCUCUGUUCAAAGGGUUGUAUGUAUAGUAAAAGCUAAAGUAGAAAAUUGGUACCUAAAGGUCUCCCACCAAGAUUUGUGGUCACUGUAAUGACACUUUAACUUAUUAGCCAAUAAGGCUCCCUCACAGAGUAUAUUGGCUUCCCAGUCUGUGCUGUGUUACAAGCAGUACCUUGAAAGUAAGGAGUUUCUGUGUUUACUCCAUAACAGAAUCUUUGGCAUGGAGCUGUACCGCAGAUUUUACGAUAACAAUAAAUGAAUAAGUAAAUUGUACCUUGUGGCCCGUGACCGCUGUAUGCCUGGAUUUCCACUUAUGUGAGCAUUGCAAAGAAUUGAAGAAUAUAUGUUCACACACAUGGGGAGGAGAAAGCGGGGCAGAUAGAAUACUCGGAGCUGUGUAUCUUUGCAUGCUGGUAUCUCGAUUUCUUGUACGUCUAACAUGUGGCAGCUGAAACCAUUCUUAAGUUCAGAUCCAAUGUCUGUUCUGUGAUCUGUAUCUAUGUCAUAAAGGAAAGUUUAUUAUGGCAUCUUCAAACUGUGUUGUCUUCUUUGAAAUAUGUGUCAAUUUGUGUGAAAUAAAAAAAUGAGGUGUAGUUUAAAA